UUGCAUCGUCUAAACAUGAGAUCUCUCAGUGUGGUUGUCGUUGGGGUUGUGUUGCUGUGUGUGUGCACUGGAGCUCUGGGUGUGCAGGUUAAGGUCGGAGACAGGAGCUUCCCCCUGGAGGCAGUGAAGCAGCUGAAGGAGCUGAUGGAUUUAAAUGGAGACCUCAACCCUCGCCUCGCCGAGACAAGUGUCGCGGCAGCUUGUGAAAACCCUCUCCUGCCCCAGGUCUUCCAGCCAGUUUGCCAGGGGAGGGGCACUGGCACUGUUUUCUCCAGACUAGUUUAUAUCAUCACGCCUUCAGAUGCCUGUGAAAUAUGUGCCAACCCCUCCUGCUUCGGGUGUCUGAACUGAGGCGGCCAUCUGCAAAACACGCAGACACAUCGACCGAGAGCCUCUGAGGGCGUCAACACCUUCCACAGGUUUUAAGUGUUUCAUGGAAUAACACUUCCAACUGGGCAAAUAUCACCCGGCAACCAAACCCAAUAGGUCUCAAGGAUCUGUGUUCAACAUACUGGGAUUUUAAAAGUUUCGUUAAAAAUGUUUUGGUAGAUUGGUUUCCUGUAAGGUGUCAAACAGCUGU